UCCGGGAACAUGGCGGCGGCAGCGGUUGAGCGGGACACUUUACCUGAGCACUGGUCGUACGGCGUGUGCCAGGACGGGCGCGUCUUCUUCAUCAAUGACCAGCUCCGCUGCACAACCUGGCUGCACCCGCGCACGGGGGAGCCCGUCAACUCGGGCCACAUGAUCCGCUCAGACCUGCCCCGCGGCUGGGAAGAGGGCUUCACGGAGGAGGGCGCCAGCUACUUCAUCGACCAUAACCAGCAGACUACAGUGUUUAGACAUCCUGUGACUGGGCAGUUUUCUCCAGAAAAUAGUGAAUUCAUUCUUCAAGAAGAGCCAAAUCCACAUAUGUCGAAUCAAGAGAGAAACCAAAGACCGUCCAGCAUGGUCAGCGAAACGUCCACAGCUGGAACCACUUCCACUUUAGAGGCCAGGCCUGGACCAAAGAUUCUAAAGUCCAGCAAUAAAGUGCACAGCUUUGGGAAGAGGGACCAGGCCAUUCGGAGGAACCCCAAUGUUCCAGUGGUGGUGAGGGGCUGGCUGCACAAACAGGAUAGCUCUGGGAUGAGGCUUUGGAAAAGGAGGUGGUUUGUGCUGGCUGAUUACUGCUUGUUUUACUAUAAAGACAGCCGAGAAGAAGUGGUCCUCGGGAGCAUCCCUCUGCCCAGCUAUGUGGUUUCACCCGUGGCCCCUGAGGAUCGCAUAAGCCGCAAGUAUUCCUUUAAGGCUGUACACACAGGGAUGCGAGCCCUCAUCUAUAACAGCUCCACAGUGGGGUCUCAGGCCGAGCACUCAGGCAUGAGGACUUACUACUUCAGUGCUGACACCUUGGAAGACAUGAAUGCUUGGAUCCGAGCCAUGAACCAGGCUGCACAGGUGCUGUCUCGAUCGUCGCUCAAGAGGGAUGUGGAGAAGGUGGAGCGGCAGGCAGUCCCCCAGGCCAACCACACUGAAUCCUGUCGCGAGUGUGGCCACGUGGGACCUGGACACAUGAGAGACUGCCCUUACUAUGGCCAUGAUGACUCCUUUGGCUUCGAGAGGCGAGAACAAGAGGAAGAACGGUACCGUUCCCAGAGGGACACACUGGAGGGCAAGCGGGACAGGAGCAAAGCCCGGUCCCCUUACUCACCUGCUGAGGAGGAUGGCCUGUUUGUGGAUUUACCUGGUGGUUCGAGAGGCCAGCAGGCUCAGCCACAACGAGCAGAGAAGAAUGGUAUGAUGCCUGCCUCAUAUGGUCCAGGAGAGCAGAAUGAAACUGGUGGGUACCAGCGGGCCUUUCCUCCCAGGACCAACCCCGAGAAGCACAGCCAGAAGAAGAGCAGCAUGUCCCAAGUGGAGCACUGGGUGAAGAUCCAGAAGGGAGAUGGCAGGAGCCAUCCCUUGGAGCAGACACUUCCUCGCCAGGGUCCCAGCCAGCCCCUGAACUUUCCAGAAAAUUACCAGACUCUUCCAAAGAGCACCCGACACCCUUCUGGAAGCUCCUCACCCCCACCCCGAAACCUGCCGAGUGACUACAAGUACGCGCAGGACCGAGCCAGCCACCUGAAGAUGUCGAGUGAAGAGCGCCGGGCACACCGGGAUGGCACCGUGUGGCAGCUGUACGAGUGGCAGCAGCGCCAGCAGUUCCGGCAUGGGAGCCCCACGGCGCCCAUCUGUGCAGGCUCCCCAGAGUUCACUGACCACGGCCGGAGCAGGAGCAUGCUGGAGGUGCCCCGCUCCAUCUCUGUGCCUCCAUCUCCCUCUGACAUCCCUCCCCCGGGGCCCCCAAGAGCCAUCCCGCCCCGGCGGCCACACACACCAGCUGAGAGGGUUACUGUGAAGCCACCUGACCAGAGGAGGAGCAUGGACAUCUCAUUGGGGGGUUCUCCCAGGAAGGCACGGGGCCAUGCCACCAAGAACUCUUCGCAUGUGGACCGACGCUCCAUGCCCUCCUUGGGUUACAUGACGCACACUGUCAGCGCUCCCAGUUUACAUGGAAAAUCGGCUGAUGAUACCUACCUCCAGCUGAAGAAAGACCUGGAAUACCUGGAUCUAAAGAUGACAGGCCGGGACCUUCUCAAGGAUCGAAGUCUGAAGCCCAUGAAGAUUGCAGAGAGUGACAUUGAUGUCAAACUAAGUGUCUUCUGUGAACAAGACAGGAUCCUCCAGGACUUGGAAGACAAGAUACGAGCCCUUAAAGAGAACAAAGACCAGCUAGAGUCUGUGCUGGAGGUUUUGCACAGACAAAUGGAGCAGUAUAGAGACCAGCCUCAGCACUUGGAGAAGAUAUCCUUCCAGCAGAGAUUGCUGCAGGAGGACCUCGUGCACAUCCGGGCAGAGAUCUCCAGAGAGUCCACCGAGAUGGAGAAUGCCUGGAAUGAAUACCUGAAGUUGGAGACCGAUGUGGAGCAGCUAAGGCACACCCUACAGGAGCAGCACAGAAGAGCGUUUUUUUUCCAGGAGAAAUCACAGAUACAGAAGGAUCUGUGGAGGAUUGAAGAUGUCAUUGCAGGUCUGAGUGCAAAUAAAGAGAACUUCAGAAUCCUGGUGGAAUCGGUCAAAAAUCCAGAAAGAAAAACAGUGCCUUUAUUUCCUCAUCCGCCGGUGCCUUCACUCUCAACCUCUGAGAGCAAGUCGUCCCUGCAGCCCAGCCCUCCAACCAGCCCUGUGCGAACCCCUCUGGAAGUUCGACUCUUCCCUCAGCUGCAAACCUAUGUGCCGUACCGACCUCACCCACCCCAGCUGAGGAAAGUGACGUCCCCACUUCAGUCACCAACAAAGACGAAGCCCAAAGUUGAAGAUGAGGCGCCUCCCAGGCCCCCACUUCCCGAACUCUACAGCCCAGAGGACCAGCCGCCGGCUGUGCCCCCUCUGCCAAAGGAGGCCACCAUCAUCCGACACACUUCCGUGAGGGGCCUCAAGCGGCAGUCGGACGAGAGGAAGCGAGACCGAGAGCUGGGCCAGUGUGUGAACGGGGACUCACGGGUGGAACUCCGAUCCUAUGUCAGUGAGCCUGAGCUGGCGACCCUCAGCAGUGACACAGCCCAGUCCUCCCUUGGAUUCGUGGGCCCUGAGAGCAGGUACCAGACGCUGCCAGGUAGAGGACUCUCAGGAUCCACGUCAAGGCUCCAGCAGUCGUCCAGCAUUGCUCCCUAUGUCACCCUCCGGAGAGGUGCUGAAAACAUCAAGAUGACCUUCCCUAGACCCAAGAGUGCCUUGGAGCGCCUGUACUCAGGGGAUCACCAUCGGGGCAAGAUGAGCGCGGAGGAGCAGCUGGAGCGCAUGAAGCGACACCAGAAGGCCCUGGUCCGGGAGCGCAAGAGGACGCUCAGUCAAGGGGAGAGGGCAGGCCUCCCCUCCUCCCGCUACCUCAGCCAACCUCUGCCCGGAGACCUCGGCUCAGUAUGUUAG